AUGGUGAUGGUUGUAUAUGAAAUUCCUUUGGAGCCCGACGACUUGGUGAGGCAGUGGCGUACGUGGGCCAGUGUCCAGGCAGCCAAGAUUAGCGAGUGCGGCAAGUAUUGCGGCCCUACGGCAAACGGCCCCACCAUUUCGUUCAGCAGCUUCCGCCAGUCCUUCACCUCCAAUGUCAAUUACCUGAAGCGCAGGUUUAGUUCCGGGGACCUGUCCUCGGAGUGCGAGGAUGGCGACGCGCCCGUCGAUCCCUACGCGACCACCAAUAAGCCGCCCCCGGUCACGUCUCAACCUCAGGCUCCGCCAGAAACACCUCAACCUCAGGCACCACCACAGGCACCACCUCCUCCACCUCCAUCUCAGUCCAGCACAUCGAGUGACUUAUCGCUCAAUCUCCGGCCCGGCUCUAAGACCACCAGCGCGCCCAGCUCCCCGGCCAAGUCGAGGGAGUCUCUACUGCAGCGAGUCCAAUCCUUGACGGGUCAGGCGAAGGAGCAAGGCGCCUCUAUUCUAGGGGCGGCCGUUUCGAGCGCCACGUCCAGGGUGACGGCCACCGUGUCGGGUAGACAUCUCACUCUGUUGGUCAUAGAUGACCAAAACACAGACUGGAGUAAAUACUUCAGAGGAAGAAAAAUUGGGGAUUAUGACAUCAAGGUGGAACAGGCUGAAUUUAAGGAAAUCACUGUCACCGCCACAGUCGAAAGUGCUAUUGUGUCGAUGGCGGUUUUCCGGGGUGGAACCCGAGUAGGCAGAUCAUUCAGACCUGACUUUUUAUUGGUUAGACAGAAUCUGAAGGAUGCAGGAGAGAAUUACAAAAAACUGCUUCUGGCUCUGAAAUUUGGAGGAGUUCCAAGUAUCAAUAACCUAAAUUCAAUUUACAAUUUCCAGGACAAGCCUUGGGUGUUUGGUCACAUGCUCCAGAUACAAAGGAGAUUGGGGAAGGACAGCUUUCCUCUUAUCGAACAGACCUUCUACCCCGACCAUAGGGAAAUGAUAACAGCUCCUCGGUUUCCAGUCGUAAUGAAAAUAGGCCACGCUCACGGCGGCUUGGGCAAGGUUAAAGUGGACAAGCUCAGCGAUUUCCAAGACAUGGCCAGCGUGGUGGCCGUCUCCAACACCUAUUGCACCGUCGAGAGCUACGUGGACUCCAAAUACGACAUCCACGUCCAGAAGAUCGGCACUAACUACAAGGCGUUCAUGAGGAAGUCCAUUUCCGGGUGCUGGAAGACGAACACCGGUUCGGCCAUGCUGGAACAGAUCUCCAUGCCCGAACGUUACAAGACCUGGAUCGAUGAGGUGGCCGAUUUGUUCGGGGGACUGGAUAUUUGCGCCUUGGAAAUUGUCGUGGGCAAAGACGGAAGGGAGCACAUCAUUGAGGUUAACGACAGCGCUUUGACUUUGCUGGGGGAUUCGCAGGAGGAAGACAGAAGACACAUUGCGGACUUGGUUGUGGCACACAUGCAGGCCAUCUGCAGACCUAGAACACCACCUAGCGAAGAACCCGUUCCGCCACCAGUUGGCCCCAGAAGCAUUCUGGGAAGUCUAACUAGCCUUACUCACUCCGAAACUCCUCCACCAAGUGCUAGUGACCACCCACCGUUGUCCAGUGUCGGGCGCAGAGAUAGUCAAGCUUCCCAAUCGAGCGUGAGUAGCGGAGCACCAAGCACUGGCCGUCUUCCAGAUCCGCCACCCAGACCGUUCCAGCGUCAGGGCAGCCAGCAAGCUGUCACUGAAGACACCGAGGACACCAUGAAAAAUCUCCGAAAAACAUUCGCAGGUAUCUUCGGCGACAUGUAAAAAAAAAAUAAUCGACCGCUCCAACCACCUGUUUAUAAUUGUUACGAUCGCUUGUUAAAAUUUCGUUUCCAUUAAGUUUUAACGCUGAGAUGAUUAGAUCGACGGGCGUGAGGUCGGAAGUGAAUUGAUGGAUGCAAUAAAUGAAUUAAGCUGUUUCACCUCCAACCUUGUGUCUGUUACAUUGUUGAUCAUGUAGUAAACAUUUAAAAUAGUGUUGUUGAACCGUCGGCUGCGUAUGGAUCAAUGUAAAUUGAAAAAAAUGAUUCAAACAGGUCUAUUGUAUAUUAUUUCCUAUUGUACAUUGGUGUAUUUGUUUAUAGAUCCUGCGGGCUGAUUAUGUACUUAAAAAAAUUGCACAAAUAUUGUUGAAAGUAUGGGAUCGUAACAUCUGAGCAAUAUGGAUUAUUGUUGUCACUGCCUAGACUAUAAGCGGCUACUGUACGGUGGCCAUUGUUACGUUUAGCAUAUAAUAUGAUCUGAUUGAUGUUUAUUAGUGUUUUUGUUAUGAAAAUGAUUGAGUGAUGUAAUUAUUCGGUAAGCACUCUUAAUUAAUAAACCAAUUAUCCGCUUAACGUGACCUAGUUGAUCCAAUACUGGCAAUUAUAACAUCAUAAUCCAAAAAAAUGCAGUUGUAGUCGGUUUGUUGAAUAAGAGUCCGAAGUAAACUAUGUCUUGUCUGUCCCAAUCCUAUACCUACGUAGAUUUAAAAAAUAUAAAAGACAAUAUACUUGUAUCUUUUCGCACUUCUUGUGUAUAACCUGUAACCUUCUUGUAACAUGUAUUCAAAAUUAGUUGUUGUUCAUCGAUGUGGAACAACGAAGUACACAUGUAAUCUGCAAAAUAUUCUACAAAAGGAUUCACAUUCCAUGUAUAAAAUCUAUAUAAAAUGUAUAUUACUCUAAAUAUCGUUAGCAAUAUAGUGACUUAGGACACAAAAUUUUGUAACAUUUGACAGACGUCAUUUUUACCACAUAUACAUAUAAACUUUUUUGAAUCGUAAUAGAACGUGUAGCAUUUAUAUUGAUUGCUUAGGGAAACGAAUGGUAAGCGUUAAUUUUUGUUCACGUGCAAGUUCCCCUUUAACCAUUAAUCAAUUGGAAGAGGAACUUGUGCAACAAAAGUUGUGCUUUUGUAGAAUUUUUUGUACUAGCUUGGAGUGCAAUCACAAAACAGAAAACCUAUUAGGUAUUCUCUCUUGUGAUCUUAUGCGUAUUGUGAAAGGAUCUCUGACAAACUCUGAAGUGGUUUAUUCAGUUUGUCAAUACGAAUAGGCCUUUACCAUUUAUGAUAUUACCAGAUUAAUCAUAGAUUUUACAUGAUACGUAGUUAGAGUUCGGUAGAAUUGUAGCUUAAAGUUACCUCCUUGUGAAUAAAAAGAAUAUUGUUUCGUUAGUUGAAUUUUAACGAAUUUUAUCAGCAACCGGCAAAUUUUGCUUGAUAAUAACUUGACAAUACGUUUGUAAUCACGAAACACGACGUUCAAGGUGCUCUUUUAUGUACGGGUUCUUAACAUCCAUAACCACCCGCACAUGUUAUUUUUAAGUAAAUUGAUUUUUAGAUAAUUUAUUAAAGUUGUACUUGUUGAUGGUUGUCGCAUAUCAUUAAAUUUAAGUGGUUUAGAUGCUUUGCGUUUAGCUUUAAUACCAUUAAUUUGUGUACAAAAGGAGGUAACAAUCAAUGAGGUUGUGUCUGUAGCUCAGCUUAUAUGAUAAGUUAAUUUUUGAGCAUACUGUAUAGUGUUAUAUCGAUGGGAAAACAUACAAUAAAUAUAAGAAGUUC